AUGGCCAAAAUGUCUUCUUCCGUGGAACUUCACCAGAAAUUAAAUCGAAUAGAAGCAAGUUUGCGAGCGGAAAACGAGGCUAGAAAACGCGACAGACCGACGAUAGAUUUCAAACUGGAUUCUCCAAAAGCUCCUAGGCAAAGACCAGCUCUUUUCUUGCAUCAAGAUGGUCCAUCCACUGCGUCAAGACCAGGGGCUGGACAAGGCAGAAAACACAAGGUCAAGGAUAAUUUUCCACGGCCCACUGCAUCACACAGAAAUUCUAUUGACAGUCGAGAGAUUGAUCGAAAACUACAGGAAAUUAUGCGACAGACCGGAAAGCUCACAAUAGAGGGCAAGCGUUUGACGUUCAACAUAGACUCAUUGGAGGCAAUAGAUGAGCUUGGUUUCGGCAGCUGUGGUCAUGUGAUACGUAUGAGACACAAAGAAACCAGUACAAUCGUUGCUGUCAAGCAAAUGAGACGAUCUGGUAAUAAGGAAGAGAACAAGAGGAUACUAAUGGAUCUGGAAGUCGUCCUUAAGAGUCACAACUGUCCCUUCAUAGUGCAAUGCCUAGGUGCCCUCGUUAAUCCAAGUGAAGUCUGGAUCUGUAUGGAGCAGAUGGCAACUUGCUUAGAGAAACUUCUCAAGAAAUUACGAGAACCCAUCCCUGAACAAAUCAUCGGCAAAAUGGUGGUUGCAAUUGUAAAUGCAUUGAAUUAUCUGAAGGAAGUACAUGGAGUAAUGCAUAGAGAUGUGAAGCCAUCCAACAUGUUAUUAGAUGAAAAGGGAGUUGUCAAGUUAUGUGAUUUUGGAAUCAGCGGUAGACUGGUCGACUCCAAGGCAAGAACAAGGAGUGCUGGCUGUGUGGCCUACAUGGCGCCGGAGAGAAUUGACCCACCCGAUCCCAACAAUCCCGACUACGACGUCAGAGCAGAUGUUUGGAGUCUGGGCAUCUCCCUGGUGGAGUUAGCUACAGGGGAGUUUCCAUACAAGAAUUGUAACAAUGACUUUGAAGUGCUUGCAAGAGUCCUAUCCGAGGAACCUCCCAGACUUCCACCUAAACGAGGGUUCUCUGUCGACUUUCAUGCUUUUGUCCAGUGUUGUUUGACGAAGGACUGCUCUCAGAGACCCAAAUACAAGCAACUCAUGGAGCACAGCUUCUUCAAGCGUUAUGAACUAGCAAAGGUGGACGUCGCAACGUGGUUUGCAACCGUCAUGGCGAAGAUUGAGCCAACCCGAUCACGAUCACUCUCCAAACCAAGGUCAGCGACCUCGACAUGAGGUACAAUCUUUGUGGUAUCAACGAGCUGAGGAGGUGGAAAUAUUGGUUAAAGGUAUUGAAGCCAUCUGUAACUCAGUUUGAGUUCUGGAACGCAGUUUAAGUCCUGGAACUCUGUGUUUUGAAACUCGGUUUGAGUUCUGGAAUGCGUUUUGAGUUCUGGAACUAGAUUUGAGUUCUAGAACUCGGUUUAAGUUCUGGAACUCGGUUUGACUCCUGGAACUCAGAUUGAGUUCUGAUAAUGAGGUUGAGUUUGUGAACUCAAAUGAGUUCUUUCUCUUUUAAUCCUCAAACUCAACUUGUGUUAAUUCAUUUCUGUUUAAAAGGAACUCAAUUUGAGUUCUCAAUCUCCCUAAACCUGGAAAUCUGUUGAGAACCUGGAACUCGUUUUUGUACCUGAAACUCACAUGAGUGUUUUAAUAACCUCAUUGCAUUAUUCCCCCCUUUUCAACAAGGAUUGUUUUGAGUGUAAAGGGAAGGUGACACCUGUAAAAUAAUUUUCUAAAUAAAUUUGUCCUUCAACCUCGGGAAAUGUAUAUGAACUGACACAAGGAAUGUUUACGUGUAUUCACAAAACAUGUUUUUCCUUUAAAUAAGCAAAAAAACCAGACUUGUAAUUAUUACUCAGGACUUUUUGCAGAUUACUAUCAUUUUAAAGUAGAUAUUAGAGAAGUCAAUGGGUCACCAAAGGUAGGUAAGGAUACCGGCGCUAUAAAAGUGUCCAUUUUUAUUAUAAAGUUGUCCAUAAUAAUAACUAAAUGUACACUGGACACCUUGGUAAUAGUCAAAGAUCAGUAUUCUCACUUGGUGUAUCUGAAACAUUGUGCAUAAAAUAUC